CAGGAGCUUGUAAGAUCUGUGCACGAUAUAAUGAAAGAAAUGAUAAAAUAUCGAUCACAAAGUAAAAUCGAUGGUAUAAGAAAUAUAUGGAUUUUAAAACCGGGCGACGAUAGUUUAGGACGCGGAAUUGUUUUGAAAAGUUCUUUGGUUGAGAUCCUCGCCAAGGUAAAUCAAGCAGCAAAAGAAAAUACUAAAUACGUUGUGCAGAAAUAUAUAGAACGACCCCUGCUUGUUCACAAGACAAAAAUAGAUAUCAGACAAUGGUUCCUGAUAACCAGUACACAACCUCUCGUGGUGUGGAUGUACAAAGAUAUAUUAAUACGAUUCGCUUCGAAAGACUUCACCCUCGGUGAUUUUCACGAGUCCAUUCAUCUGUGCAACACGACAGUACAGCUGAAAUAUCGGAACUUACCGAGAUGCAAUUCUAACUUACCUGAGCAACGUCACUGGAAUCUUCAAAAUUUCAAAGAUUAUCUUCAAUCGUGCGGUCAAGAAUUGGCUUGGGAAAAAGUCAUUAGGCCGGGAAUAAAGCAAAAUCUGAUAGGCGCGCUUUUGGCGUCACAAGAUAAUAUGGUAAAUCGUAAGAAUAGUUUCCAAUUAUAUGGCGCUGAUUUUGUGGUGGCUGAUGAUUUUUCGGUGUGGUUAUUGGAAAUAAAUACAAAUCCACGAUUACAUCCACCAAGCAGCGAUGUCACCGCGCAACUCUAUCCGGAGAUAAUUGAAGACACGCUGAAAGUGGUCUUAGAUCGUCGUAAAAAUAAAAAAGGAUCUUCUGGAAAAUUCGAAUGUAUUUACAAGCAACGCAAUCCGUUUUGCGGCGUCAAUAUUUUGGGACAAGGCACGAGUCUCGGCAUUCGUGGCAAGGGUUUAUUCAUGACGCCGAAAUCACCGCAAGAUCUCUGACGUAACGCAACUAUAUAAACAUUGCCGAAAUUCACUUCUUCGAUUGCCUAUUUCGCAAAGAAUUGUUUCCAAUUUCAAUCAUAAUCCAUUCCGUAACGCGAGCAAUUUCGUAUUAACAUAUAAACAAUGUGUCACAAACUGCUAGCUACAUGUCGAAAAAUAUCUAUGUCCUUUUUACUUUUCGCAUGGCGCAUUUGAUAAGUGGAGAAAUAACUGGAAAACAGUAAUUUAUUAAAAACAUGUUUAUGUUACAAGUAACAAUGUUGUAGGUAUACAAUCCUAUAUAGACAAGCGUUCUUCUCUUUUUACGGAACAAUGCGUACAUAUUAUUACGAUUAACGGAGAUAGGGCUAUAUCACGUUCCACAUCCAUUCAUUAUUCACGUACAAAAUUAUUUUAGUUUUAUAAUUUUUUUUCAAGUCGUUAUAAUAUUCUUUCAAUUUGAUUUUUUAUUGUAAAAUGUAUCAUUUCAUUUUAUCAUUUCAGAAUAAAUAUAUUUCGCGUCAGAUUCAAAUAAUGUAGAUUAAUUAGAUAAAGUUAGUCAUAUAACAAUUGUAAAAUAAUUAUCUAGAAUAAUUCCAAGAAAAUCAUUUUCAAAAUUGCAUCAUCAUAUUUCAGAGCUGUUGAUAAAAUAGAUAAUUGUUAAAGGAGAAAUAAGAUAAUUAAUGUGUCUUCCGUAAUAAAUUAUAAUCAUUAAUGCUACCGGCAUUAAUAAUUAAUUUACUAUUAUUGCGACAUGAUCAAAUGUUAUAUGCACUUUAUCUCACUGAAAUAAAAUUGUUACGAUUUUUGUGUAUAGAGAGAAAUAACAGAGGACUUACGAUACAAAUAGCAUAUGUAUAAAUCAUGGAACUUCUAAUUGAGUUAGAAUAUACUUACAUCAGAUAGAACGAAUCGGUUAUUUCAAAAGUUGUCUCUCUAUGAUGUAUAAAUUUGAAAGUUUUUAAUAAAUUAAAAAUAUCAGUGUCAUUACAUCUUUGCAUAUUAAAAAAUUAUGUUCGCUCAUAUUGAUGUUAGUAUAAUCUCACGUAACAUGAAAUCCCAUCUGUAUCUAUGUUGAAACCUGACAAGACGAAAUCCGAUUAUUUAAUUCUGAUGUGUUCUAUCGUCAUCGCAAUCAAAUAAAGUAUUCAAUCUUGUUUGAUUUCAACAAUCGCUUUGAAUACAUUAGGGUGAGCUUUGUAUCUUAUGUUACUGCACUUAUCUAUGUACCCACGUAGGUACAGUCUAUAACUGUUCUCGCGAUCAAGUAUGAAAGCUGACAAGAUUUCGUGUACAUAUCACAUGUAAAACUGCAUAAAACAAUAUUAUAAACUUACGUAACCGAUUUUAGCGA